ACUUCUUGAAGAAGGCAGAGCUCGUGAACUGUGCAAUUUGAUUUUGAUUAUUUCUAUAUAUAAAGGUCGUAUCAAAUUUUUGUUUGUGCUCUGUAAAAUUUGAAAAAACACAGGAAAACCAAGAAGAAGAAGAAGAAAAAAAUGUCAGGAGUGACUGGUCCAACACAAGAGGAAGAUACGAAGCCCAACAAUGAUCAAGGUGCUCACAUCAACCUUAAGGUCAAGGCUCAGGAUGGAAACGAAGUGUUAUUCCGGAUCAAGAGAAACACACAACUAAAGAAGCUGAUGAAUGCUUAUUGUGAUCGACAAUCUGUUGAGCCUAACGCAUUUGCCUUUCUGUUUGAUGGUCGACGUCUGCGAGCGGAGCAAACACCCGAUGAGCUGGAAAUGGAGGACGGAGACGAGAUUGAUGCUAUGCUGCACCAGACCGGGGGCCAUCUUUGGAACUGAAUUAUGUUAUAGUAGAGAGCUGGACUGUCCAAUGAUAUAGUAAUGUAGUAAUCUGUAGGCUUAGGAUCUUUGGAUUGCAAUGAAAAUAUUUAUUUUGGAAAGUUCUAUGUUAUGAUAGAACUUUUAGCUUUGGCAUGCUUAGCCUAACGUAGGGGAGACUGGUUGAACCAUAAUUUAUAGCUGAUCGCUAAAUUAUUUAAUGAUCACUUGACAUUUGACAAA